GGGUGGCAGUGGGGAAGAGGGCAGGGUAAACUGCUGGCAUCAGUAUCCAGCCUGAGCUUCUCACCGUCCCCUUGGACUCCAGCCAGCUGUGAAGUUGCUGCUUUUGAACGCGAAAAAAGGUGUAACUAAUCUUCCAUGCACUAAUCUGGUUGAAAUUCUGUCCGGGCCCACAGUGACUAAGCGGUGGAAGCUCUCGCCGUCCUAGCGCCGCCAGGCCAGACAAUCCUUCCCUUGGCUGAAGAUCCCGUUGGAUCCCUUCCCAUAAUGGAAGUGUGAGCGCCAAGAUCCUCCAUGACCUCCAGAAGCCACAACUCCUUACCGAGAACUCUGAUGGCUCCACGAAUGCUCUCUGAAGGUGCCCUCGGGGGCAUCGCCCAAAUCACCCCCUCGCUGUACCUGAGCCGGGGCAGCGUCGCCUCCAACCGGCACCUGCUCCUGUCCCGGGGGAUCACCUGCAUCAUCAACGCAACCAUCGAGAUUCCCAACUUCAACUGGCCCCAGUUCGAAUACGUGAAAGUGCCUUUGGCUGACAUGCCCAACGCCCCCAUCUCCCUGUACUUCGACAGCGUCGCCGACAAGAUCAACAGCGUGGCGCGGAAGCACGGGGCCACCCUCGUCCACUGCGCGGCCGGCGUGAGCAGGUCGGCCACGCUGUGCAUCGCCUACCUGAUGAAGUACCACAAGGUGUCCCUGUUCGAGGCAUACAACUGGGUCAAAUCGAGGCGCCCCGUUAUACGCCCCAACGUGGGCUUCUGGAGGCAACUGAUAGACUACGAGAGGAAGCUGUUUGGGAAGACGACGGUUAAAAUGGUACAGACACCAUAUGGCAUCAUCCCAGACGUUUAUGAGAGAGAGAGGAGACCCCUGAUGCCUUACUGGGGAAUUUAAUGGGACUGCAGACAGGAAGCACAACAGAAGGGACAUGCUGUUCUGAGUCGGCCAGACUGGAGACAUUCCCUUCUCUUUCUACAGCCAACUUUGGUUCUUUACCAUACAGCAGAACCUCAACUGAUUCUCACCUCACUAACCUGCAAGGCCAACGGUUCCCUUCGACGCAUUUCUCUCUAUGGGGAUUCCCCCUCCUUAUUUCUCUGAUUUAGCAGAACGAGGUCUCCUUAUAAGUUUAUUCUCCUUUCAUAAACCUUCCCUCUCUUUUUAGUCAGUUUAUUAGUAUCCUACGAGGAAAGGCCUAAAAGGCAUUUGGCAGAGUUGAUGAACAAAGUGCGCUUUGUGAUGCGGUAGCCUGGAUAUUUCUUUAAUAGCUUGUUUGCUUCCUUGCAAAAUCCUGUAGUGGCUAGGGAGCGGCGCUAGCACAGACCGGGGGCAGUCCUGCUCUGAGCAGGGGUUUUACCAAGAGCCAGGAAGGAAGGAGUGGAGUUGUGUUGCUAGUGCUGGUGUUUUCUUUAACAGCUGUAGUGACUCUCAGUAUAUAGUGUUUGAGAUCUUUAGUCAGCUCUUAAUCUGUAUUAAAAGUCAAAAAGAGUGAAGUCAGUCCGUGUCAGCCACAAGUAAAAUAAAAUCUGAAAGAUUGGAAUCAAAGAAAUACAAAGUCCUUUUUCACUCAUUCCAUGCCGGGGCAAUGGUCCUGGAAUACACUCACACUUCUGAACAAUACUGGUGUUUUUUGUGGGUGGAAAGUAAGCAGAAUUUGUCCACGUGUGGCUCAAGACAGAUGUGGGAGGUUAACCCUUCCCACACUGACCAGCCAAAGAAACGUUUAGGAAACUGUGCACGGCCACCUUCCAAAGGGCUGAGCUGUGUUUCCUAAUAUUCAAUCAACCAGUAAAUUGGAAGUAGGUAAAUCCGCUUGAUUACUUAGCUCUAAGUAUGGUCGUGAUCUGCCUUAGCCCAUUUCUAAAACACUUCAUUAUGUCCUCAAGGUUAUGUUGCAUUCUAGAAUUAUUCUGCACAAAAAGGCGAUCUGUGGAACCUCCCGGACGAGGAUGGCUUCAUGGAGAAGGCUUUGCCUUGUUCCGUUCGCAAGGAGAAAGAUUCCAACCCGACAAGUGGGAGAAACCUUCCGGUGGUGUAACCACUGCGAGCCGCACAUCGCUCCUCUCCCCGCGGGUGGCGGGGACCGGGUUUCGUUCACACGUCACCAGGAGAACAAAGCGAGCCCCUUCCUCAGUGAGACGAUUUUGUCCUCUGCUGCAUCUCAGAAGGAGGAGUACGCAGAUUGCUGGAUGCUGAGAUAGCUAUCUGAUUUAAAUGAGAUUCUAUACUUGUAAAAAAAAAAUCAAUAAAGAUUAAACGAGAACAU